AUGAGCGCCUCCUUUCCUUCAUGGAAAGAUCGCACCCAGAAUCAGUUCGGAAAGCUUCAGAUCCAAGUACCAUGGCGGUCAUUCCAGCUCUUGGUGCCGCAUCGCAUGCGCCGCAAGCUCCGUUCCAAGCUACGGAGUCGUCUCUCGCCUACUUCGUCCAUAUCAACACUGCAGACCUCCUUCUCCCCUGUCGACACCCUGAGAUCAUUACAGGCGCAUCGGUGGACGAUGUAUGAUUUCCAGUACCUGCUGCUUUUAAUUGUGGGCAUCUUCUCUUUGACAAUAAUACAAUCUCCUGGCCCGCUCGGAAAGACGGCCAUCGCUACCUGCCUGCUGUGCUCUUUGCUCAUGCCCAUCACCCGGCAAUUCUUCUUGCCCUUUCUUCCCAUCGCUGGGUGGUUGAUUUUCUUCUAUGGUUGCCAGUUCGUCCCAAGCGAUUGGCGUCCUGCCAUCUGGGUUCGGGUUCUUCCCGCCAUGGAGAACAUUCUGUAUGGCGCCAACAUCAGCAACAUUUUAUCUGCUCACCAGAACGUGGUGCUGGAUGUUCUGGCAUGGAUUCCCUAUGGACUCUGCCAUUAUGGAGCUCCCUUUGUCGUCUCCUUGCUCCUCUUCUUCUUCGGUCCUCCCGGAACUACCCCUCUGUACGCCCGGACUCUUGGCUACAUCAGCAUGCUAGCUGUGACCAUCCAGCUGGUUUUCCCCUGUUCACCACCGUGGUAUGAGAACCUCUACGGCCUUGCGCCCGCCGACUACUCCAUGCAGGGCAACCCCGCUGGACUUGCUCGCAUUGACAAGCUUCUCGGCAUUGAUCUGUACACUUCAGGCUUCAAGCAGUCUCCUGUUGUGUUUGGUGCAUUCCCUUCGCUUCACGCCGCGGACUCGACUUUGGCUGCUCUGUUCAUGAGCCACGUUUUCCCCCGCUUGAAGCCCCUCUGGGUUACUUACACCUUGUGGAUGUGGUGGGCUACCAUGUACCUAUCUCACCACUAUGCAGUCGAUCUCGUCUGCGGAGGUCUGCUGGCCACGGUCGCCUUCUACUUCACCAAGACCCGGUUCAUGCCCCGGGUCCAAUCCGACAAGAUGUUCCGCUGGGACUACGACUAUGUCGAGAUCGGCGACAACUCCCGUGAAUUCGGUUACGACCUCGCCAGCCUGGACGGCGACUUUAACUUGGACAGCGAUGAGUGGACUGUUGGAUCUUCUUCCUCAGUCUCUUCCGGCUCUUUGAGCCCCGUCGACGACCACUACACAUGGGAAAGCGAGACCCUGACCUCGAAUCACGACAUCGAGGCAGCACGAUAA